AUGAGGAAGAUCUUUGCCAAGACAGUGAAUGCUAAUAGGACUGAUUGGUCUCGAAAGCUUGAUAACGCAUUAUGGGCGUAUCGUACCAUAUACAAAACACCAAUCGCUUCAAAAGAGAGAAUAAAGCAGCGAAAUGAGUUAGAUGAAUUCAGGUUCAAAGCUUAUGAAAGCUCACCACUUUACAAGGAAAAGAUGAAGAAAUGGCAUGAUGCUAAAAUCCUUAGAAGGAAGUUUAGAGUAGGAUAUUGGGUGUUACUAUACAACUCUCACCUUCAACUCUUUCUGGGAAAGAUCAAGUCCAUAUGGUCAGGACCAUUUAGAGUGACACGAGUAUUCACAACUGGUGCCAUCGAAGUUGAAGGUCAAGAAGGACCUACAUUUAAGCUGAAUGGGCAAUGUUUGAAGUUAUACUUUGGCGAGUGUUCACAAAUCUCUCUGAUUCAGGUGAAGGAUAUUGCACGAGGAGACGAUGCUAUCGGUGAUUCGCCAAAACUGUUCAGCGAGUAUGACAUGCCCUUCUUAUGGAAUCCAAAGAAAGAGCUGAGAUUUUAG